AUGCCGCCCGCGAUCAGCGACGGUGAAGACUCAGCCUCUGGCUCUGAGGCCGAGAUCCCUUACAAAGCGGCGCCGAAAGUCGCGUCUAAGGAUGUCGAGGAGGAGGAAGAUGAUGAUGACGAGUCCGCAGAAGAAUAUGUCGUCGAGAAAGUCAUGAAUCACAUCUUCGAAGAUGAUGGCACCGUCAUGUACGAGAUCAAAUGGCAAGGCUACCCGAAGAAAGAGGAUCGCACGUGGGAGCCCGAGGAGAAUCUUACUGGCGCGAAGGAAGCACUGGAUGAGUACUUUCAGAAGCUCGGCGGACGGCCGACUCUCGGCGGUAACAAGAAGAGAAAGGCAUCCCAGACUCCGUCUGGCACCCCGGCAGGCAAGGGCCGUGGCCGCGGUCGCAGCUCAAUCAAGGAAGAAGAGGCGGAAGUAUCAGCGGAGCCGGAACCGAAGGUUAAAAAGGAAAAAGCACCUUCCUUCCCAAAGGGAUCUUGGGAAGAGCACAUUCAGAGCGUCGACACAAUCGAGGAAGUCCCGAACGCAAAGACCGGGGAGCGGGAGCGCUUUGCGCUGGUUGUCUGGGCAGAUGGUAGCAAGACACGCCAUGGCCUGGCAGUGCUCAACCAGAAGUGUCCUCAGAAGAUGCUCACGUACUAUGAACAGCAUCUGUACUUCAACUACAACUGA